AUGGCUGAAUUGGCGGUUACACUGGCUGACGCCUCGCCUGUCUCUCCUCAUCAAGACACUGGCAAACAUGUGGCGACACCUAGCGACCGUGACUCGGGCGUUUUCCUCUCCGACAACGAAGACCUACCUCCAUCAUCCCGACCCUCCUCAACCCCAUUCCCACGCUCCUUCUCAGCAAAUACCUCCCCGCAACGAACAGACUCCAUAGCACGCCUCCGUCGUCCCGCCGAGCUCAACCUAGGCGCCAACAGGAAUACCGACGAUACGAAGCCCCGCUCUGAGCUCGAUCUCCGAUUUGACCUCAUUCGCAACUCGAAGAACCAGAACAAGGCCGCGCUUCGAUCACCCACGCAGCUCUUGAAAGAUCGCUUGAAUCUCUCGCCAAAGAAUGCAGAGAUUGAGGAGAAGGUGCGCAUCUUCACACCGCCGAAGCCCAUGCUCAACGGCUGCAUCCUGCCUGGACCUAAGGUACAGAUGAAAGCAUUCACCGGCUCAUCGGUCCGUGCCCGAAUAGAAAGGAGCGGCCGGCCGGCUUGGUGGUGUAACUUCGACAAGCUCGUUAUCUUCGACGGUAUUGACAAGAGCGAUGAUUGGGACCUGAAGUUCAAGACGCGGACAAGCAAGGGGCUGUCGAUUGCACGGCGGCGAGGCGAUACCGAGACAGUUGUUAUCCCCAUGGAUUGCUCGCAUUGUCAAAAUAUGCUCAACCGAACGGAGUGGAAGUAUGAUAUCCAAGUUUGUAAACGCAGCGUGUGCUGGGACUGUAAAGAAAGGUGCCGAUGGGAGUUGAUGCAGGAAGAAGAGAAAACGAGACUGGAAAGAGUGAGCGAGGAAAGAAUAGAUGCGAACAGAACAAGAGCCGAUAGUGUGUUGCAGGACGAUCAUGUGCACGAGGAAGAGCUACUAGCCAAGAUCGGCAUCGAGCAGCGAAUAAAGACACGGAUCGGGACCGUUGGAGGUAUCAAGGAGAGAUUGGAUGACGCUGCAUUGCUGGCUGGCGUAUGA